AUGACUUCAGGCCCCGAGUCCGGCCCCGACACCACGCCGUCGACACAAAAGGCCAGCGGUUCCUCCUCGAUCGCACGCGCCGGUUCUCCUCCCGGAGGCCCCCGAUCCGCCAUCCGUCGACGCGCGGCCGCCGAUCACAAGGAGUCCGUUAAGAAUGCUCGACCGACCUCGACGCGUGCGGCGGGAGCAGGCGGCUCUUCAGGCACGAUGCUGAGACUAUAUACCGACGAGAGCCCCGGGUUGAAGGUCGAUCCUAUGGUUAUUAUGUUUUUGAGUUUGGGGUUCAUCUUCAGCGUCGUGGCGUUGCAUUUGAUUGCGAAACUCACGAAGCGAUUCUCAUAG